CCCCACUUUCCGCCGCCCUUAACUUUUCUCUGCCAUAAACGCCCCGACGAGAACAGUUCCGCCCACAAAAACGCCGCCUCCGCCGUAACCGCCCGCCGCCGCCCUACUCCUCUGCCACUUCCCCUGUGCCCCCUCAACAUCUUGAUUUCGCGCCAGAAUUUCGAAAAGCGAAAAGGGAGUUCGCAGAAGAGAAAUGUCACUGGCCUUCGUUUCUUCCCCUUCCUUCCGUCCCUUCUCCACAGCCCGUCCUCCCGUCAAAUUUCCAACGUCCGGGAAACUCCGCCCGCCUCGCCCGCCCGCCGCCGCCGUGCGAGCGAGCUCUACUCGCGGCGAAUCGGACGGGUUCACGCAGAAGUCCGGGUACUUGUUCGAGCUCAGUACCAGCGACGCCAACGCGCUGGUCGAUUACAACAUCAAGAGGAUCGCGGCGAUAUACAGGAGGAAGCCGUUGAUUGUCGUUCGGAGGUUGGUUCAGCUCGCCGUCGCGUUUGGGCGGUGGUUCGGUGCUCGGUUUGUGGAUGAGUUUACUGAGAAGUCCGAUGAAAUGUUCGAGGUUAGAGCUAGGGAGCUUAGGAGGAUUCUUCAGGAACUUGGCCCUGCUUACGUCAAAAUUGCUCAGGCUGUUUCUUCCCGAUCCGAUUUGAUACCGCCAUCAUAUCUUGAUCAGCUCUCGUUAUUGCAAGAUCGGAUAGCUCCUUUUUCCACAGAUGUUGCUUUGAAGACAAUAGAAAAGGAACUUGGACUACCCAUCGACUUGGUAUUUUCUGAGAUAUCUCCGGAGCCUAUAGCUGCAGCUUCACUUGGACAGGUCUAUCAAGCAAGGCUUCGCAGCAGUGGUCAGCUUGUUGCUGUGAAAGUGCAGAGGCCAGGGGUUCAAGCUGCCAUUUCCCUGGACAUAUUGAUCCUUCGUUAUGUUGCUGGGAUAAUAAAGAUACUUGGGAAAUUCAACUCUGAUCUUCAGGCAGUUAUUGAUGAGUGGGCAUCAAGUCUUUUUCGGGUAAAUCACAUUGAAUGCAGGAGAUGGACUACGUGAAUGAGGCGAAAAAUGGAAUCAAGUUUAGAGAGCUAUAUGGUGACAUAAAAGAUGUUGUCGUUCCAGAAAUGUAUCAGGAGUACACAACUCGUAAAGUGAUUGUGAUGGAAUGGAUUGAGGGGCAGAAAUUGGUUGAAGUGAAAGAUUUAUACUUGGUUGAGGUGGGAGUUUACUGUUCAUUCAGGCAACUUUUGGAGUGUGGAUUUUAUCAUGCUGAUCCGCAUCCUGGAAACCUCCUCCGUACAGACGAUGGGAAACUUGCUUAUCUAGAUUUCGGCAUGAUGGGUGAAUUCAGAAAAGAACUCCAGCUUGGAUUUAUUGAAGCUUGCCUCCAUCUUGUUAAUCGCGAUUAUGAUGCAUUGUCUGAGGACUUUGUCACCCUGGGGUUUCUUCCACCAACUGCAGACAGGGAGGCUGUUACAAAUGCCUUAACAGGCGUCUUCAAGGAUGCCAUCGCCAAAGGAAUUCGUAAUAUAAGUUUUGGAGAUCUUUCAGGAAAUUUGGGGUUUACGAUGUACAAGUUCAAGUUUCAGAUACCUUCAUAUUUUUCACUUGUUAUUCGGAGUCUUGCAGUUUUGGAGGGAAUUGCUAUCAGUUUUGACCCCAAUUACAAAGUGUUGGGCAGUACCUAUCCAUGGAUAGCUAGAAAAGUACUAACUGACAGCUCACCCGAGCUGAAGUCUACGUUGAUAUCUGUUCUUUACAAGGAUGGUGUCUUCAGAAUUGAUCGAUUGGAAUCUCUACUUUCAGAGUCCCUCCGUGCCGAAACAAAGAAAGCCUUGGCUAAGCAGCCUGUAGAAGCAGCAGGCUCGAAAGUGGUUGUGAAGCAACUUCUUUCUUUCACAUUAACCGAGAAGGGUUCUUUUAUUAGGGAAAUACUUCUUCAAGAAGUUGCCAAGGGUUUGGAUGCACUUGGACUUUCGACUAUGGAUUCUGUAGCCUCCGGCGCUGCUGCUAGGAUACCUUUUGCAGCAUCCCUGUCGCCGUCCUCAAUGACCGAGGAGGACAGAAUGAACUUGAUAGUCCUGCGUCGCCUUUUCCUGUUAUUGUCUGGAGGUGUAAAGAAGGCAAGUACCAACACGGAAGUUACAGCCAUUACAUCAUCCACAAAUGGUAUGGCACCAACCUCUCUUGUCUUGUAUCAGCUUCCACCAGUUCAAGAGAUCAUGCCCAUCCUCUCAGUAAUCACCGAGCUCCCACAAGAAUCGCAGCAGCAGUUACUUUCUGUGCCAGUUGAUUUGUUCGGAAGGUUACUUUCUCGUGCCACUGCUCGGACCAUACGGAGAGUGUUCCUUUAAUCAGAUCUCAAUCCCAUAUUCAAGCAAGUCUCUCUCUCUCUCUCUCUCUCUCUCUUCCAAUCCUUUCCCUGCUUGUCCUGUGCUAUACUGUAAAGCAUAGAUCAGAUAAGCAGAAACAAAGCUGAAAAACAAGUUGGUAAAAUCUCAGCAUCUCGUCCCGAGGAAAAUGGCUGCAUUUGGGCUGUACUCUAUCGAGCACGUAACACGUAACUUAUACAGUCGCAUUGCUAUCUCCAAGCUCUCAACGUUUUUUUCUGGUGUUACCAUCUUUCCAUUUCCAGAGACGGCCAUAUGGGCUUGGGGAAUGACGGGAAUGAAUGUAAAGCGUGACAAACACAAGUAUCUAGCUCAGUGUAUCAUUUGGAAAGGUAACAUUUAAGAUUGCAAGUAUGUUAUCAGUUAUCUGUCCUUCUCUGUUGCCUGUUAGAUUGUUGUUACGAUAUUGGAGGCUCGAAUCGGUGAUCCUAGAAACAGUCGCAGAACCAAAUUCCUGUGAGAUGUAAGUUUGCUGGUACACAUUGAAUGUAAACCGUAGUCAUCAUACACUGCAAACAUCGCAUGGUCGAAUCAAAUCAUCGUAACAUCUGACAAAAGCUUGGUCUCCCCAUGGUCGAAAUCGCACUACAAACAUUCGCAUCCAAAGUCACUCAUAUUGCUCUUAGGUAAGCAGGAAUUAAGGAAAGCUCCAUAAGACCCCAGGCUCCAGGCACAACUCUAUUCAAUGACUCUGCAAAUCAUCAGUGCUUCAUUUCUUCCCCUGGCCAAAAUUUUGUGGUGAGUGGGUGGAGGUGGUGGAUAACUAAUUGGAAGGGACAUGGUAGUAUUUGCCUUGACACAUGCACCUAUAGACAAUAGGGCACGACUCAUUGACUGAGCACUUGAAGCUCACCAUCACCCUCUUGCAUGGGAAGCAAGGUCCACAAGCAUGUGAACAUUCUGGCAGAGUCGAUCCCGUCGGAUGUGCUUGCAGUAUCUUCGUCGCCUCUUUCUCUCCGCCUGUUGUUCCUGUCCGUCCAUCGACCUAGGGUUGACAGAACGUUCGUCACUUCGUCUUAUUGGUCCCCCAACUCUUUCUGCCGUGGCAAAAGGAACGCCUAGCACGACGGAGGCUUCGGCCUUGUAUGCCUUGGGAAGCCAUGGUGAUCAUAACCAUGAGAACAAGCAUGAGUUGUACUACAUGUUUGUCACCGCCAUGAGAGCUCCCAAAGACUUGCAGCUUCAUCAUUUUCAAAUUGAUUGGUUGAUAUUGGUAGAGAAGCUAUUGGAAAGAGGAG